GACUGUUCUUCAGCCCAACUACUUACAUGUGGAGUCUUGGAAGCCUGGGCUGCUGCAGUGACUUGAGACUGCUAUGGCCAUGCCCCAGCUUGGAUUACUACUCUCUCUUAUCUUCACAGCUCUCAUUUUACUACACAUAGGUAAUUGCCUUCAGAUGGAUCAACAACUCUGCCAUCCAGAAUGCAUUGCUUCCUCAUCCCCUGACAUCUCGUACCAGAGAGGGGUGAGAUACACGUACAGAUACAGCACUACGAUAGCCACUACUCUACAAGGCUCUACCUCAGGCCGAAAUGGACUGGCUCUCGACUGUGUGGUGGAUAUUGACGUGAUUUCCAAGUGUCACCUUAUGAUGCAGAUCAGGAAUCCACAGAUAAAGCGUCUUUCUCCCCAGAAGGAACAUUCUGUGCAACGCCUAAAGAYUUUGAGGGAGUCGUUGGAGAGGAGUCGCCUCAAGUUCUCCCUCCAGGGGGGAAAGGUCACGGCCCUCUGUCCACAGGAGGGGGAGCAGCUGUGGACUCUGAACAUCAAGAGAGCUCUACUGAGCAUGCUCCAGACCUCCCGCACCGCCGAGAAGCAGGAAGUAGUGAAGGAGACGGAUCUGUAUGGGACCUGCGCUAGUAAGUAUGAGAGGAGAGGGCCUCUACUGGUGAAGACGAGGAACCUCAGGCAGUGUCAACAGGACCGACUGGCUUACUUCUGGCCCAAUUCCACCCCUCUGAGAGAGGACACGACAGUGGACUCCAAACUUCAAUGUACCCAGCGGCAUGGGACUACAGUGAUGGAGGAGGUCAACUGCACAGAGAUCAUCUCCAUGGUACCGUUGUCAGGGUCAACAGGAGUGGUGAAGACCCAGACCAUCUCUACCCUUACGCUGCUCAGAGCCCAGAAGGGCACACCCUCAGGAGUGGAUACGCUGGGUCCAGGUGUCCUGAGUGACCUCCAGUUUGUGGAGGAGGGGGCUGAAGGCCAAGUGCGAGGCAGGACGUCCUCCCCCCAAGAGGCCACAGACACCGUGAGGAAGCUGUGUGGUCUUACCUCUGACCAGCAACAGCUGUCGGAGCUGUUCCUGCACUUGGCCUUUCAACUGAGAGCCCUGUCCCUGCCUCAGCUCAGAACACUGUGGCACGACGCCUCCUUCAAGUGCCGUAACGACUGGCAGCCUCUCUUGGACGGCCUACCAGCGUGUGGCUCAGAGGAAUGCAUCGCCCUCUUAACAGACCUCAUCCGGGACGAGGAGAUAGAGCAGGAGCGGGCCCACUCUUUUCUCACCACCAUCGCCCUCAUCUCUCACCCCUCACCACACAUCGUUGGCUCGGUCAACGCGUUGCUGAAGACACCUGAGGUGUGGACCAAGGCCCUGUUGACUGGUUCUUCCCUGGUCCACCUGCUAUGUCGGAGGAGCCAGUCUCCCUGCAGUCUCAUCCCCCAGGUCCAGAGCUUCAUACAGGCACUGAAAGACACCUUGGGAGAGGGCUGUGGAGGAGACAACACAGAGCUGCUCUAUGCAUUGAAAGCAGUGGGAAAUGCAGGCUUGGCUGCUUCAGCUCUCAUCCCUCAGCUAAACCUCUGUAUACAGAGCCAUUCCACCCCUCUGGAGCUGAGACUCACUGCCAUACAAGCUUUCAGACGCAUCCCCUGCAAUGCUGACAGGGGCUCUGUGCUGCGGCUCUACCGUGACCACCAGGAGGACGUGGAGGUCAGGAUCGCUGCAUACCAGCAGAUAAUGCACUGCCCCGACCCCGAAGUGCUUCGAGCAGUGAAGACGACURUGAGCCAUGAGACCUCAAGCCAAGUGGGCUCUUUUGUGUGGAGUCACCUGACCCAGGUCCUGAGAACUGAGGACCCCAUGAAGCAGGCCCUGAUGGAGGCACUGCCUGAUGACAUCAUUACCAAAGACUUUGAGGCUGAACCCUGGAAAUACUCCUCUUAUUCAGACUACACUGCAGACUCAGGAUUUGGAGUUGCAAACAUGGAGGGAGCCUUGGUUUUCUCUUCCAAGUCCUUUGUGCCGCGCUAUGCCAUGGCUAACCUGACUGUCUACAUCCACGGAAGAGCUUUCAAUCUGCUUGAGGUCGAUCUUCGUGUGGAAAACAUUGAGCCUCUUCUGAAACACAUUUUUGGCCACAAAUCAACUUCUCCUGAUGAGGAGCCUACAACUCGGGAUGAAGAGGAGGAUGGAAAGAAGUCUCCGAUGAAGGAGAGAAGACGAAGAAAAGCAGGGGAAGGAGUUAAAGGACAGAGAAAGGAGCGGAGAAGGAGAAAAGCUGGGGAAAGAGACAGCUCMGGUUGUUCACCUAGUAUCUACGGUUACCUCAGCCAGGCCAGGACUAUGUUCUCAGGAGGGAGACUGGAGGAGGCCAGACCACGUUGUUGGCUUGGUGUCAAAGUGUUUGGGAAUGAGUUGAGCGUGGUGACCUGUGCUGACCUCUACUCUCAGAUYAAGGAGCUGUCACUCAGCAUGGCUGGGCUUGCCGUCAGACUGCUGAAGGGUCAGGGGGUGCAGCUCCACCACAGGGCGGUGUUGAUGACAGAGGAGCUGGUCCUGCCCUCUCUGUCAGGCUUACCCAUUAGACUGGGCAUCAACAUGACCUCCCUCCUCUCCCUGCACCUCAAGGGCAGUGCCAACUACAGAGACUGGUCCCACUUCUCACUGGCAGGUCACAUCAAGCCCAAUGCCUAUGUGGGCCUGUCAGCCCGGAUGGGGGUGGAUGGGGGCCUGGGUCGGGCUGGGGUGGAGUGGGCCACAGAGCUCAGGACCUCCAGCAGUCUGGAUGGGAGUGUGCAGCUCCAGGAGGGCCACGGCCUGAGAGUGGCCCUCAACACACCUGAAGACCUCAUGGAUAUAGUCUCUCUCAGCUCCAGAAUGUACCAUGUAAACGGAGACCACCGAGAGGAGAUGAGAGGCUCCAAGAGCCGUGUGGAGAGGACCACCUGCACGCCAAAGACCUGGUCUAAGAUGGUGGGGUGGCAGCUGUGCUCCAAUGUCUCCUACCCUUUAUCCUCUACGGGGCUUACCUUCCUCCCUCCCGGCCCUGUGCACCUCUCCCUCAGGCUACUGAAGCUAGACAGAGGCCUUCACCAGUACCUACUAGAGGCAGCAUACUCUCUGUUGACGCAGAGUGGCUCCUGGCUCCCCGGAGAGGCCUCCCUCCACCUCCUCCUGGCCACCCCCCAGUCCUCCAUCCCCAGGGACAUGUCUCUGGACUUGGCCCUCAGCCCCCACAGGCUGCUCCUCAAGAUGACCCACCCACUUAAGACCCUCACCAUCCAGGGGCAACUUGACCAAGUGGGGAACAUAUGGACCGGUCAACUUGAGCUUCUGAUAGACAACGUUCAUCAGUAUUACGUCAUGGGACUGAUUGACUCCCAGACCCUCCUCUCAGAGCAAAGGCUGCGUUAUCAUCUAGAGGCCAAAGUGGGUGCGGAAAGCCGUCCCAUGAUCCUCUCUGCUAACGUCACUCGCGGACUGGGCAGAAAGACCAGCCUGUCUGCCACUCUGAAGAAUGUGUUCAGAGAAGCUGCCUCCUUCUCAGUGGUUUUGGAGAGGAGGCUGGAUGAUGGGCGGAGACAGUACUCAGUGGAGGCGGAGCUCCUACUGCCUGGAGUGGUGGGCAGCAGGAUUCUAGGGCUGAUGGAGCAGAAGGGCCCACUGUGGAGCUCUGCACUGAGGCUCAAAUAUGGKCUGCGAGAGGACUCCCGACACUUGCGUCAGGAGUGCCACACGUCCCAGAGCCUGAGGAGUGAGAGGGAGCCCAACCAGACGUACCGCAUGAGGGCUGAACACGAGUUCUACUGCUCUACCACAGCCCACAUGAACCACAAGGUCCAGCUGAGACACGAGGAGAGUCCCAGCCACACCAAGUCUAGUGUGGAUGUGAGCUAUGGGAAACACUGGGACGAGAUCAACAACAAGCACCGCCUCCUCCUCAGCCAGUCCUUCAGGAACCAGUCCAGACACAACCUUACCAGCUAUGCCCUUGAGUUCAGUCUGCAGGUCCCUGACAAGCGGCUGAACUACAAGACCCAGCUCAUGCACUCUCACCUGAGGCAGAGGGGGGCCGAGAGCAGCACCCACCUCAAAGUGAACUACAACGACCAGAUGCCUCUGGUGGCUGGACUACACUGGAAAGACACCUCCAAAGCCAUGUUCAGAAAUUGGGAAGGUAUGUUCAACAUGGACACUCCCUGGCUCUACAUGUACACCACGCACAAGCUGAGUCAGCCCCAGCGCCACAUCUACCAGUUGACCUCUGAACUCACUGCCCGCAAGUGGCUGACCGUCCGUAACCUCGUGCUGGAGGGCUAUUACAGAGACAGAAGCCGGGACAGAGAGGCCCGCCUACACCUCUACGCACCCGCUGUCACAUACCUCAAAGCAGUUGGUUGGGGUAUGGUGGCUAAACAGGGUCUGAAGGCCUCCUGCACCAUCAGCUCUGUGUGGAGCCCUGCCCUGAGGGGAGACCUCUCCCUGGAGAACACCAAGCAGGGCAGGACCCUGCAGCUGGCCUCCAGCUACGGCAAAUACAACCUCAGCCUCACCGCAGGACUCACUACCCUGGACAAGAAUUUAAGGAAGAGGAUGGUGAUGAUGAAGAUGACCUUAUCAGAGCCCAAAAGCCCAUCUAUGGAGUUGGAGUUAGAGGGAGGAGUGGAGGAGCUCAGGAAGGACAAACACAUUUAUCAGAAGAGAGCGUUGCUAUUCCUUCGACAGCCGUUCCAGAACUUUCUCCAGAGCUUCCUUCUCCAGGAGACUUUCACUGUCGACCUCCACAAGGGCCUUUACAUCCUGGAAUCCAAAGCCCAUCUCUAUAGCAACAGAGACAUCAUUCAUACUCUCACCCUGGGAUACCAGCAACCCAGCCCUUUUGUGUGUUCCUCCUUGACCCACACGUUCAGCUAUGACGUCAUCCCUCCAGACUCUGAAGUGUGUGUCACAAUGUUUAGCAAUCAGACGCAGAGAGAGGUGCGAGGGAGGGUUCGGAUCGGGAAGAAGGACAGACUGACGUUCCUUGGACAAAUUCAGUUGAACCCCUCAGAUUUACCUCAGCAUAGGGUCAAAGUUCGAGCCAACCUCACCCAUCUACUCCAGUUGAAGCUCCCUUCGUCGGCCAUACUGGAAGGAGAUGUGUCCUGGAAUCCGAAAAAUAACCGUGUGUUUGAUUACCUAGUGAGAGGCAAAGUAGGAAUCAACCGGCAGGAGUGUCAGUUUUCUGUUAAUCUGAAUGGCUCAUCAGACAGAAUUGGUCUGUAUUCCUCGCUCACACAUCCCUUCCAAUCCAAGAUCCUUAAAACAUUGGAGGCCCGGCUCACUGCAGACACGUCUAUGGUGGACGGCGGAGUGAGCAGCUCUCUGUGUGUGAGGGCUGAUGGGAAGGACAGAGCCCUGCUGGAGGCCCAGCUCUCCCACUCCCUACAGAGAGACACCAGAGCCCUGAGUAUACGUCUGGCCCUGCUCCAGACUCUACUACCUACUUCAGCCACUGAGCUGCAACUCAACAUGUCUGCCAACAUAUCCUCAGAUAAACUCUCCAUGCAUGGUUCCUAUGACCAGGGAGGGGAGGUCCUGCAGGCCCAGGUGGCUGGCUCAUUGGAGCACUCCCCUGGUUCCCCGGGCCUCCGGAUGGCUGUCACGGGCGGCCUGAGGCACUCCUUACCUAGCCUCACUGCUCUGCCUCCUGCCCUGAGUCUGGAAGGAACCCUGGGGCAGUCAGACUGGCUCACUGAAGGGCAGCUGAGAGUGACAGUGAGUAAGGCUGUGUACAGUGUGGAGCUGAGUCAUCAACAGGACCAAGGAGACACCCGGGAGGAAGAGGAUGGCAUGCUGGGGAAAGAGCCUGACGCGGCCAGUGAUUGGUUGUGCGCUCGGGCAGGGGAGGAGUCUCUGUGUGUGAAUAUGAGCCGCCGAUUGGGCAGUCAGGCGAGGGGUGGAGUCAACGCCCAGCUCUCUCACUCCUCCCGCUGGCUCCAUACUGCAGGUAUACCAGGUAACAGCGGUGCCCAGGUGAGCUGGACCCAGGAGGAGGGCAGGCUCUCAGUGCUGGCAGAACUACAGACCGGGGCUCAUGGCCUGAAGGCUGAGUUUGAGAGGGCCAGGACUGGCGGGGCCUCCCCACGAUGGGAGCUCCAAACCAGGGUACAGCACCAAAGCAAGGCCCUGGUCCAAAGAGGCCUGCCCAGCUCCAUCCAGGCUACAGGGCACUAUCAGGAGGAGACAGAGCGUUUGAGUGCAGGGUUGGCCAUAGCAGUUGAAGAACAGAAGAUGGUGGACGUCCUAGUGGAAGCUGGCAAGGGGAACAACGCUGCCAACCUGACUGUGUCUCUAUUGCACCACCUGAGGCAACUCAAAGGAAUGAUACCUACAUCAUUGCAGAUGAGCUGCACGGGGUACGCCACCAACGGUCCCGAUAAUGACCGCCUCUCGGCCCAGUGCUCCGGAAGCGUCGCUGGUCGACCUGUGGAGACUCUCCUCCCUCCGUACUUCUCAGUGAACGGCUCCUUGAUCCGCUCCGGCUGCACCACGCGUCUGGACACACACCUCCACACCGGGGGAGAGGAGAGGGGGGCCGCCAGCCUGGCCUUAUCCUCCUGCCUCCCCCAGCUCAGCCUCAGGAGCUCCAUCCGUCACUCCCUGGCGGGGCUCCAUGCCCUGGGRCUCCCCCCUCGCAGUGCCCUGGUCCUGGGUAUCUCGACUGGUGAACGCCCUGGGGUAGGGGUGGAGCUGGAGCUGGGGCAGUGCCGGAUCAGGGCUGAUUCUGAGGAGAAUAAGGCUAACUGGGUCGUCAAUGUGACCCACUACUGCCCAGAACUACAGAGCACAGGACUCCCUGCAUCCCUGGCCUUCCAGGGCCUCCUCUCAUUGGUCCCUUGCCAGCUGGCCGUUCACUGUACUCUAAAGAUGGACAACCGUGAUCUUACUCUGGAGCUGGGCCAGUCCUGUAGUCCGGCAGCACACCUCUCUGGCUCCCUGACACACUCCUUCCCUGGGCUCCGGACCAGGGGCCUCCCCCUGAAGACCAGCAUAGAGGCUUGGGCCCCUGAGGGCCCCGGACAGACUGGGGCCCUGUUGAUUAAAGCUGGCUCGUGUCAUAUCAGAGCUAAUGGAGACAUGGGGUCUAAUGGACGGACACAGUGGGCUACAGAGUCAGAUUGUCCGUUGCUACAGGGUCUUGACCUCCCCUCCCAGGUCCAACUGAAUGGCUCUGUGGGAACAGAUGACCACAACAUCUGGGUGGCCAUUUUGGAUGCCAGUGUGGAGGGGCAACAGAGGGGUUCCCUGAGGCUGACCGCAGGGGCCAGGUCUGGGCUGAGGCUAGAGGGACACCUCAGUCACAACCUCACGGCCCUUGAGGGGAUACCGGGCCAGAGUAGGAUAGUGGUGACCGGUAGUGGUAGGGCAGACUCACAGGGCUACGAUACAGAGGUGGAGCUACAGCUGGGGGAAUGUGCUGUGAGAGGCUCAGCGACGGUGAUGACAAGGGACAACCUGAAGGGGGCAGUGGUGUACCACAACAACUGCACUGCACUACAGGAAUGGGGUAGUCCAGUUAAGAUGAAAGUUUCUUGGUCCUUGGGCAUCACCCAGACACUCCUAGACACCCAUGUCUCCAUGGCGAUGGAUGAAAAGAAACUACAGGCUUUGAUGGCACUGAAAACAACAAAGGGUUGGCAGGAAGCAUCAGCCCAUCUCAACCACUCUGUGCCCCUGCUAGAAAGGGUGGGUCUCCCCGCCAAUUCUGCCAUGGCGACGCGCUCAGAGAGCCAUGGCAACGGCUCUUACCACUGGCUCCUCUACUGCAUCGUGGGUAGCCAACAGUUCAUUGAGGAGAUGACCGUAGAGAGGUGUCAAGGGAUGGUGAGGGUGAAGAGCAUUGUCAAUCACACGAUGGAACUUCUGAAGACCUGGGGACUGCCAGAGAACAACAGUAUCCAGCUAGAGCUUGGUUCUGGGCAGGUGAGGAACCUGACCAUUCAGUCCCAAUUUGGAGCUCAGCUAGCAGGACUGGGGCUUCAGCUGAAGGACAGUCCAUUGGCUACUGAACUGAGAGGCAACCUGUGGCACAGUUGGCUUUGGCUUCAAGAGAGAGGUUUUCCACAGACGAUGGAGGCCAUAUGCUCCACACGCAGGGUGCUGUCUCAGCUGAGGUCCAGGGCUCACCUCUCUGUGGAUGGUCAUAGGCUGCUGGGCUCUGGCCUGAACAUCAGUGUAGCCGAUGGACAUCUAGCCAUGCUGCUCUCUCUGACCCCUCCCUCAUCACCGCGUACAGACUUGCCAUAUAGUCUGGACACAGCCCUGACCGCCCAAUUCACAGGGCCCAUGAGGAGUGUGUCAGUGGACCUGCACUGUAAGGGGAGACGGGUGCGUGUUGUUGGGGAUGUGAGGGGCUGGAGAACCUAUGGAGGGUCCAUGGAGGCCAGAGCCACAAUAGAACACAGCUUACAGGGUCAGACCAGCCCUAUUCUACAGGUGGAGGCCUGGGGAAGACUGACUGACUCUCAGCUCAGGUGCUCUGUAGCUGUGAACCCUGAGCUCAGCUCCUCUGUGGCUCUCAUCAUUCAGGGACAUCAUCUACCAGACAGUAAGGAGCUGAUGGUGAAGGUGGUCCAGAAUAUCCCACAGUUGCUGCUCUAUCUGCCCACUCAACUCAACGCCAGAUCUCAGUUGAACCAGUCAGGCUCCAGUGUCAGGGGGAUGGUGGAGCUGCAGUCGGGCAAGAGGAAGCUGUGGGCUCUGGGGGAGCUGGCUGUCACUGAGGGCGGCUACCGUCAAGCCCUGGAGCUCAACCACACCUACCCACAGCUGAAGCCCCUGCCCAGGAACAUUGCAGUGAGGAUGUCGUACGAGGCAAGGAACUGGAGCCACCAGCUGCAGCAUUGGGCCGUGUGGGGCGGUCAGGAGUUCAACAUGGCAGGCCUCUACUCUGCCCCUCCAGGACUGCAGCUGGGAGACCGCACACUCAAGGUUCAGAUUGCGUCUGUGCGUCACGGGUGCAGUCUGGAUGUGGCGUUAGAGCGUUCCCUCCAUGGUAGACUGGACAGUGUUGUGCUGGGCUGGAACAGACAUGGAAGACGGGAGGAGGUUCGAGCUCUCUCCUUGUGGAGGGGUCAGGGGGAGAGUAGUGAGACAACAUUGGAGCUGAGACAGCCAUUCACCCUAACACUCUCCCAACUCUACCUCCACACAAUCUCACACGCCUCGGCCACAGAGCAAAGAAGCAACCAUCAGACCCAUGUCUCCUGGGACAGUGGCUCUCCUGUGAAUGUUUCCCUCACCCUCAGCCAGCAGUGGCUGGACAGCUUCAGCAGGGGGCAGGCCUGUGCCCGCUUCUCUCCUGCGCAGGAAGUGGUCCCUUCCCUGGUGGCUGUUGAGGGAUGUGUCUCAGUGGCCAAGGAAGGGAACUCCUACUCCCAGAAUGCUGAGCUGAAGUGGGGCGACAAGAGCCUCAGACAAAGCAUGAACUACCAGUGGAGUGCCACAGGACUACACACCCUCCAGCUGGAGGCUGGAGCAGAGAACGUGUCUCCCGCCCCCUGUCCCUCACACACCCUGCUGGCCCAGUUCCACACCAACCUCAGAGACAGGAUGGAGCACCACAUACAGGUGGGCCUUUGUCCCCCGCACCUGUCUCUUGGCUGGUCUGGGUACCACAGAGUGAACAUAGGGACAGAGCUGCUGUACAGCAAGACCCGUCUCUCUCUGGCGGGACAGCCACACUGCAGCCUCACCCUGGCUCUCACCAACUCCUCUACCGCACACAGCACCAACAUAUCACUGGUAACUGAGUCUAAGGUGGGUAACUGGAGUGUGAAGGUAGGGGGCAGUGCCCUCUCCUCCCUGCUGGGUCCUGGGGUGCAGAUCCAGGUCAGACUCGACCGCAGUGAGCAGGUGUGGCUGAGGGGGGCGCUAGAGGGACGCUGUCUACAUGCCACAGCUGGAUAUGGGAACGGUAUAGGACCAGAUCAGGACCUCACAGUGGCACUCUGUCUGGAGGGCCGACGGAAGUUAGGCCUAACCCUUGAAGUACUGAGACGAGAGGACGGGACUCUGCUUGAGUCACUCACGUCCGUCUCUGUGGGCACAGCCAAUCAGAGCCUGUGGUUACGGGCCAGGGGAUGUGCAGAGAGCCUAUUGGCAGUGGAGGCUCAGGUCCACCAUUUGGGCUCUCAGAUGAGAAAGAAGAUCUUGGAGAGAGUGCAGACGUUACAGCACCUCCUGACAGAAUUCGGGCGGCAGGUUUGCUUUGGAAAUUCAUUUACUUCCGUGUCUAAGGACAUUGAAUUGCUUCAGGAGCUGAGCGGCGCAGCCUUACGUUUUACCCAGAGAACAGAGGCCCUGCUGGGGCAGAGAGAGGGAGGAGCGUGGGGCUCCUGGAGGACCAGCCGACUACGCCACGCUCUGACUCACAGUCUGCCACGCCUCCUCCUCCUACUACAACACGCCUCUCAGCUUGGACAGCAUGAGCUCAGGAGACCACUGGCUACUAUAGCCGAGGCAUACCAUGAUGUGACAGGCCAGAAGGUAGACUCUGUAUGGAGGGAGGCCGUGUCCAUGUGGACUGACAGACUGGUGGAGCUCCUACCCCCCCUACUGGAGAACCCUCAUCUUAGACCAGUAGCCCAGUUCACCCUCACUACCCUCAGCACUAUCCUGGAUGUGGUGAGCCAUCAGACUGGCCACUGGGCAGAGUUGAGGUUGGCAGUAGCCUUGGCGGGGGUCAGAAGACGAUUGGCCUCUGUGUACAAACUCUCCGCAAGUGACUGCUCUGUGUCUGUAACUAUACCCCUGCCCCUGGCACGGGGCCCUUGGUCCAGGAUGGAGAAGUUCGGGGUGGUAGAGGUCCUUCUGGAGGAGUGGCUCCUCAGGCCCUUGCAGGCCCUCACCUCCAUCAGGCCCACCGCCGAGCUCUACCGCCUGAAACGGAAGAUCACGGACAGCCCCUUCUGCCAUGAAGCUCUGUUGGUGGCCAACCAGUUUGUGGUGUCGUUCGACGGCCACCUAUAUGAGCUGCCAGGCCCGUGUCCAGUCAUCCUAGCCCACGAUGUCACUCAGGAUGACUCCUUCACUGUGCUGCUAGGUUCAGACUCCAGCUCACAGCACACUCUGUUGGUGCGGAUGAAUAACAGCACUGUUGCCAUCCACCACAAUGGAGAGGUGAAAUUCAAUUGUCAUGUCACACAGACAUCCUACAGUGAUAAUGGGCUGGUCAUCAGGAAAGAGGGGAAUGUUGUCGAGGUGUCCAAUCAGAAUGGAGCGCGGGUGUCAUGUGACCCAUCGCUCGACCUGUGCCGCCUGACUCUGGAUGGCUGGCUACAUGGUGUGUCCACUGGUGUCCUAGGGACCAAUGACAAUGAAGCAGGAAAUGACUUCCCUCUUCCUGAUGGCUCCCAGGCUGACAACAUGGCUGACUUUAUGCACAGCUGGCAGAUCAGUCCUGAGUGRGGCAGUGUACCACAGAUAGCAGAGCCCUGUUCUAAGUCGACUGCCGACUCUCUGAGCUGUGACUUUCUCUUCUCUGCCCGUGACUCUCCACUGGGCUCCUGCUUCAGAGUGGUGGACCCAGGCCAGUUCUUAUCGGUGUGUGAGAGAAGCCAUUGUGGCUCUGUCUCGGGCCGCUCCGGAGCACCCUGUAAGCUAGCUGCUGCUUUUGUAUACCUCUGCCAGAGAAACUACGUCCCGUUAGAGCUCCCUGUCCAAUGCAUUCGAGUAUGAGGCACUUCCAUAAUGUUCCAAGUUACGAUUGAGUUUCGGGCUCAUUGCACGCGCGAUAGAACACCAGAAUAUGUGUGAGGCUCCACACCUCCGCUUAGGCAAGAAAAUAAUAACAACGGCAGUGGGGCAGACGYUACUGCGGCAUCCAUCUUUAACAGUACUGCAGUUAUGUUUGUUGCUUUUUGUAGGGUGUCCAGAGGGGGUGAAAAUGCACUUCUUUAUGUCAUAAAAUGCAUUUUACCAAGACAAAUAUGAUUAUUCAUGUUCUGAAUCGUUCAGUGGAUUCUCUCGCUAACGUAUCAUUAUAUCCCAAAAGUCCGAUUUUGUAACCUAAUGCAUCUGACAUUGCGARGCACGUUUCUCUUAACAACUUUUGAGGAUUUAACAUUUUGUGGGCGUCGUCUUUAAAGUUGUUUGCACGGGUCACAAAAUGUUUUAUUAGCAUGAUAUGAGCUAAAGUAAAUAUAAAAGGCUUUGAAAAUAAAAAGCUUGGCAUACGCUCAGUGCUUUAUUGACAUUUCACCGAGAUACACUUGUUUUUGUGAGAAAUCUUAAAAAAGAACAAAAAUAGAUAUCCAUCUUAGUUAUUUGAGUGACUUACAGGAGCAGCUAAAGCUUAGUGCCUUGCUCAAGCGCACAUUUUUCCCAGAGUCGACUUUGGGAUUCUAACCAGCGCUCUUUGGGUUACUGUCCCAGCACUCUUAACCUGCGGUAUAUGUGGUUUAUGUCCUGCGGAUUUCAGAAGAAAGAUGACAAGUUUAACGUGAAAGUGAGCCUUUCAGGUAGCCAGUAGCCUUAAUUCUUGCACAGAAUCCAGCCUAGCUAACGCAAAGCAAUUUUCSKGAUUUUUGACCACUUUUUUUCUCUGACCACCAUUGAUUUAGUCACACUAAUUCUGGCCAUCCUACAAGAGUAAAAACUCCAAUAACUUUGAAUGGAUUAUGAUAGAGACAUGGGGUUCGGACCAUUGGUACACAAUAAACAUAUUAUUUUACCCAUUGAUCGAAAUAUGUUUUUGAUUGGACACCCCACUUGAACAUCCUUUAGGCAAUUGUGUUUAUUUUUUUAUUUUUUWAAACAUGUUAUUUCGUCUUGUUAAACUGCUGAUGUUUUUGUGUACCUUCUAUAAUUAAUAUGUACAGUCAUUUUUGUUUAGAUAGUAACAUUUAUGAAACCUUCGUCAAUGUGUGAAUAAAGUGGACAAUCCUAAGGAGUAUUAAACAUUGUUCCUUAAAGGGCCAAUCAUCAGCUGAAACAAUAAAGUGUUCUACCUGUCUA